AUGGCUGCAACGACUCUAGUUGCGAUAGGCACACAAGGCACCGUAGGAUCACUUGUGAGGAAAGAAAUUAAGUAUUUCUCAAAGUUUGAGAUAGAGAAAAGUACGAGUUCAAGGAAACCUCAAGGGCUGGUGGUUGACAUAGCUUCCAGUAAUGGUCAGUCAAGGCCUAGUUUUUGGUCUUUGACGAUGAGCUGGCAAAGGAAGAAGCGAAGAGGCAGCAGUGGAUUCUUUUCGAGUAUCUGUUCUGCUGUGGAAGUUGCUGACAACAAUAGUCUCAGUGGUAUUCCUGGGUUCGGUUAUAUAAUCCUGAAAGAUGAUUUGAAGGAUAUGCAAGUUUAG